AUGAACGGAGCUUACAGGAUGGAGGAGGUGGAGCUGGGGAACGAGACAAAGUACCAGGAGUCCUUCAAGUACGUUUCGGAGGAGGCGAAAGAUGUCUGGAGGGACAGCGGAGAGGAGCAGCCAGAGCCUGCCUGUUGCCUCAGCGUCAAGAAGAUCUCCUACACUGUCAGCGAGCGUGUGGGUCCCUGGUGGGACUUGCCCUCCUACAGAAAGAGAUGGACCCGACAGAUCCUCAAUGACGUCUCCUUCCACAUAGACAGCGGGCAGAUCAUGGGCAUUCUGGGCAACUCAGGCUCAGGGAAGACCACUCUGCUGGAUGCCAUCUCCGGGCGGAUCGGGAACGCCGGCGCCUUGUUAGGGGAAAUCUUCGUCAACGGCAGGAAGCUGAAGCGAGACGAGUAUCAGGACUGCUUCUCCUAUGUGCUGCAGAGUGAUAACCUGCUGAGUUAUCUGACCGUGGAGGAGACUCUGACUUACACUGCACAGCUGGCCCUGCGGAGACACUCCGCCGAAGCCAUCCAGAAAAAGGUGUCGUCGGUGAUGGCCGAGCUCAGUCUGAGCCACGUGGCCCACAGUGUCAUCGGGGGUCGAGUUUUCCCAGGGAUCUCUGGGGGUGAGAGGAGAAGGGUGUCCAUCGCCAGCCAGUUACUUCAGGACCCCAGGGUGAUCCUAUUGGACGAGCCCACCACCGGCCUGGACAGCAUGACGGCCAAUCAGAUCGUGGUGCUGCUGGCAGAGCUGGCCAAGAGGAACCGCAUCGUCAUAGUAACCAUCCAUCAGCCUCGCUCCGAGCUCUUCAGGGUGUUCAGCAGGAUAGCUAUAAUGUCUCAUGGCGAGCUGGUGUUUUGUGGGCAGCCAGAGGAGAUGGUGGACUUCUUCAGCCAGUGCGGAUACGAGUGUCCGGAGUACUGCAACCCCUUUGACAUCUAUGUCGACUUCACCUCGGUGGACACACGCAACAGCGAGAGGGAGGCAGCCACGUUCAGCCGCAUGCACGAGAUCACGUCGUCCUACCAGAGGUCAGCCAUCUACCAGGGAAUGCUGAGGAGAACGGAGCAGAGCCUGCAGCGACCAGACAAACCGGAGGUCCCCUUCAAAAGCAAGGAGUCCCCCAGCGGCGCCGCGAAGCUGGGAGUCCUGCUCAGGCGCACAGUGAGAAACCUGUCCAGGGACCGGAUGGGCGUCCUGAUGCGCCUGUCCCAGAACCUGAUCUACAGCCUGUUCGUGGCCUUCUUCGUCAUGCAAUUAGACAACGACGUGACCAAGGGGGCCGUGCAGGACCGCAUCGGCAUCAUCUACCAGAGCAUCGCCGCGUCGCCUUACACCGGCAUGCUGAACGCCGUCGCCCUCUUCCCGGCGCUGCGAGCCAUCGCUGAUCAGGAAAGUCAGGAUGGACUUUACAGCAAAUGGCAAAUGUUCUUGGCCUACAUCUUUCACAUCCUGCCAUUCAGCAUCCUGAGCGUCGUCAUCUUCAGCUCCUUCCUCUACUGGACGGUCGGGAUGCACCCUGAAACUCUGCGCUUUCUGUGCUUCACUGCCGUGGUUCUCGUGCCACAUAUCAUAGGGGAGUUUCUGACUGUAGUUCUGCUAGGAGUGGUCCAAGACCCCAACAUGGUCAACUCUGGAGUAGCCCUGCUCAAUAUCGCAGGGAUCUUAGUGGGAUCAGGCUUCCUAAGAAGCACCCAGCAGAUGCCCGCCGUCUUCCAGGGCCUCAGCUACUUGACCUUCCAGAAGUACAGCUGUGAGCUCCUGAUCGUCACCGAGUUCCACGAUCUUCACUUCGCGUGCAAUUCCACCAGGAGUUUGCCGGGAACGUGUAUCAUCAAGAAUGGCGAUCAGGUCAUCGACGAGGGUUAUCCCGGCGCCCUGGAUCGAUACACGCUCGACUUUCUUCUCCUGUACUCCUUCCUGCCAGCCCUUCUGCUGCUGGGGAUCAUCAGCUUCAAGAUCAGGGACAGGCUUGUUCGCCACUGAAACUACACACGCAAGUU